CCUAUUCUCAAGAGGAAGAAGGAGUAUGUCCUUGAUGGGUUCUGAUAUCGCCUAACCCUGUAAGCGAUCUCAGUGGUCGUGGUUCCAGUAGUCUCGUGCUACAUUUGUCGCGUGAGUUUUUCUUUUCUUUUCUCAAUUCCAGCUGAAAGUCUGAUCUACGUUUUUCUUUGAUCAUUACAAGACGUCCGUGAACUUGUUGUUCGAACCGACCACUUCUUUAUCAUACUCGAUGACCGCCUUGUGCACCUUCUCCCUCUCCCUCCCUCCCUCUCUCUCUGUUCAGCACUUGGCGAGCCAUUCUGUAACCAUCAUGAUGACGAUCAUUAAUUAUUCGCCGAUCCGAGUCUCAUGUUUCAGUUUUUUCCUUCCUUCUUUCUUUCUUUUUCGUAUGCAUAUGGCAGUAUAUCUCACAUUUACCCCGCGAACCUCUUUGACCAUUUGUCCAUGCAACUAUUGGGUAGUUAUUUCACCGCUAUAUUACAUGUCGAAUAUUUAGGGUUUUCGAAGAAUGAGUUGAGAUUGAUCAUGCUAUCGGAUAUCAAGGUUAUACAUGCUAUUGAACGGAAAAGUACCACGCUUGUGUGUGGGGGAGGAAGGGGCUGUGAGUGACGUAGUGUGUAUGUUGUUGUUUGCACGCGCUUGAGAUCUGUUACAUAAUUUGGAACAUG